GAAUGGAAGGAAGCUAAUGUUCUCCCUAUUCCUAAGAAAGGCAAUAUACACGAAAUCAGCAAUUACCGACCGAUUUCCCUGCCGUCCCUAGUAUCUAAACUCCUUGAACAAGUUGUAAAUAUCCACGUUUCUGAGUUUGUUCAAUCAUCGCUGAAUAAUUUGCAACAUGGUUUCGGUUUCCGCAAAAGGGGCUCUUGUAUAACUCAACUUCUUGGUGUUUUCCAUGACGUUGGCAAAGCCUUGGAUUCCAGAAAGGAAUCGGACAUGAUUUAUUUAGACUUCUCAAAAGCCAUUCAGUGUCACAUCGCAUGCAAUCUUCUUUUGAAACUUGAACAGCAUGGUGUCUCAGGCUUAUUGUUGAGUUGGUUCUCGGACUAUCUGAAUGAAAGGCGUCAACGAGUGGUGGUCGAAGGAGUCGCAUCAUCAUUCCUCACUGCGACAUCGGGGGUUUCACAAGGCAGUGUACUUGGUCCACUUCUAUUUUUGACCUAUGCAAACGAUCUUCCAAAUGCGGCUAACCAUAGCAUAGUCUCAAUGUUUGCUGAUGACAGCAAAUGCUACCGAGAAAUUUCUCAGCCACGAGACAGAGAUUUCCUCCAGUUGGACUUAAAUCUCCUCCAUCAAUGGUCGUCUACGUAG